UUCCGGCCUUCUGGGCUGGGCUCACCGGAAGCGGCGGAAAGUGGGCGGGGGUCCGAAGGAACGGCCAGGAUGUUGGUGUUAGUGUUGGGCGACCUUCAGAUUCCUCACCGCUGUAACAGCCUCCCAGCUAAAUUCAAGAAACUGCUGGUUCCGGGCAAAAUCCAGCACAUUCUUUGCACGGGAAACCUCUGUACAAAGGAGAGCUAUGACUAUCUCAAGACCUUGGCUGGAGACGUUCACGUCGUGAGGGGCGAUUUCGAUGAGAACCUGAACUAUCCCGAACAGAAAGUGGUUACUGUGGGGCAGUUCAAGAUCGGUCUGAUCCACGGCCAUCAAGUCAUUCCCUGGGGCGACGUGGCCAGCCUCGCUCUCCUCCAGAGGCAGUUCGACGUCGACAUCUUGAUUUCGGGCCACACGCACAAGUUCGAGGCAUUUGAACACGAGAACAAGUUCUACAUUAACCCAGGAUCAGCCACAGGGGCCUACAACGCUUUGGAAAACAAUAUCGUCCCGUCCUUCGUGCUGAUGGACAUCCAGGCCUCCACAGUGGUCACUUACGUCUAUCAGCUGAUUGGGGACGACGUGAAGGUGGAAAGAAUCGAGUACAAGAAAUGUUAAAGCACGUGGGCACAUCUCCCAACCCUUAACUCCUUCCAGCCUUCUUUGCAAUCCACACCCAGCAGUCCGCAGUGUUUGCAGCCUUGUGAGUUGGCCAAGUGGCUUCUUUUGUCGUGUUGCAGGCAACUAAGUUUACAAGCCCUUUCUUCUGACAACACCUGUCUUGGUUUAGCUCAGUGUUUCUCAACCGUGGCAACUUGAAGAUGUCCGGACUUCAACUCCCAGAAUUCCCCAG